CGACCGCACAAAUACAAUGAUCUCAGAAACUGGGAACGACAAUCCGAAGGCCGACUACCUCCGAUCCGAAGCGAGCUACUGCCCAGACUCCCCCGUCUCCUCUUCUCCGGAAUCUGGGCCGCUGAGCAGGAGGCGGGACACCCAGACCACCAGCGGCAGCAUCAUCCCGGAGGAGAGCGGCAGCAUCCAGCCCCUGGUCUCCUCAGCCGCGGCCGCCGCCUGCAUCAUGACAUCGGGGGAGUUCAUCCAGACCGCUCCCCUGCUGGCGCACAGAUCCAAGAGGAGCCUGCUGUACAAGGCGCUCUGCUUCCUCCUCCUCAUAUUCCAAGGCGGCAUUCUGGACUUCUACCUCAUCAUCUUCACCGACCUGUACUGGUGCUCGUGGAUAGCCACGGACCUGGUGGUGAUCUCGGGCUGGGGGAUUUUCUUCAUGAAGAACGCCCGGAGCAAGAGGGAGCGGGCCUGCGGCUUCCACCAGAAGAGCUCCAUCUUCGGCUGCAACCUCGGGGAGUUCACGUACGCCUACCUGGCCUGGCUCAUCUACGUGAUUGCCUGCACUCCGAAGGUGGUGCUCAUCCUGGAGACCUCCAUCCUGGACCUGAUCGCGCUCAAGGUCCCGUGCGGGGUGACCGGCUUCAAGAUCAUCAUGCUGCUGUCCGCGCCCCUGCUCUUCUGCCUCAUCAACUCCAUCAUCGAGGAUCUGAACGGGGCGACGCGGCACCACUCCCAGAGCUGCUUCAUGAGCACCUGCCUGGACCUGCUGGACUGCUUCACGCUGGUGGAGAUGCUGCUGCGGAACGAGAUCCCCACCGUCUACCUGAAAUACACCGUGGUCUCGGUGUAUUUCGUGGCCCUGGCCGUGCCGGUGAUCUGGCUCUACGAGCUGACUGCGUCGGAGCUGCGCUGCCGGUGGCUGUGGGCCCGCUUCUCCACGGGCCUGGUGGUCAACGCGCCCCUGCUGGUGGUCCGGUGCUUCCAGGUCUUCGUGUACAAAAUGCCCGUGUCGGUGUUCAUGUUCAAAAACACCUUCUUCUUGGUGUGCAGGUUCCUGGAGCUGGUGGAGCAGUGCGUGGCGGUGCGGGGGGUCCGGAGGCUGGCCGGCGGCAACAACCCGGCCCAGUUCUCCCACUGCGUGUCCGAGAACGACAUGUGUCCGCACGGAUACGUCAACACCCUGGCAGUCACCCAGUCCUAGAGCCCGGGCCCAGGGCCCAGGGCCCAGGGCCGCUUAUUAAAAGCCGUCUGCCUGUGGUGAUGGCGGGAAAGUGGAGAAGUGGUGCUGCGUUCCAGACACAGCUGGAAAUUGGAAAACCCCAAUUCGGUCCGAAUUACACCCCAACCCCUGCGUCCAGA